UUUCACAAGCAAGUCGACACGUUCAGUUCUGCACGCUGUGGGCGGAAGGGGGGUGAAGCAGUUUCACGGAACCGAACCAAACCGAGCAGAACUGGAGAGAACUGAGGCCCCGAAGAAAGAGAAGUGACUUUCAGCACGACUGAGAAGAGAAACAGCCAACUCCUUUUUUAUCAUUUCUUAUUUACUAUUCACAUCUCAACCGACAGCUGAAAACUCUGAUUUAUUUCCCACUCAUGUGAACGUGCAGCUGUUAUUGUCCGCACGAGACCUUACCUUUGACACCUGCAGUCAAACGGUGCGUCCUCUGAACAGUCAAACUUUAUAGGAGGAAGAAAUGGAGAGGAAAAACGGAUUCUCAGCGGACAGAAACAUCCUCUGCCUGUUUGAUGUGGACGGGACUUUAACAGCGCCCAGAGAGGUGAGUCCACAUCCAGUCAAUCAAUACACUGAUUAUUACAGGCUUUUAUAAGAGCAUCUGUCUGUCUCCUGCUGCCUAUUGCUCAUUAAUAAGAUGUGAAUAAAUGUCAGGAUUGGAGACAGUAACAGAGAGCACACUGUGUCCUUUUGACCUCAGGCGCUGAUUUUAUAUUUUCCCUCUCUUUACAUUAAUAACAGUAUCUAUACACCAAUAAGCUUUUCCUCACACUGGAGUUUGCAAGGAGGGGAUGUAGGGUUUGUAAUCUUGUAAUGUAUACGUCUGUUGAUGUCUGCAACCUAUUUUUGUCCUGCCUAAACACACAUGGAAGCUGUCCAAGCGCUGUCACCUCAUGCUGACUUUGUUCAGUGUCUUUUUAAGAGAUACACUCUAAAAAUGACAUUUUUCUGAUCCCAGUUCCUUAUUGACUCAUUGCAUAUUUAUGUGAUAUAAAAAGAGGAAAUAGCCUCUUUAAUACCUAACCUGAGUUAUUCUGUAAUGGUGUGGUUUGCUUGCUUGAUUCCCUUAUUUUUUCUGGCUGAAUGCUUGGGUUCGUCUAAGGUAGUGGAUGUGUAGGACGGUGCAAAGCGGACCAGCGCCUAGUUAUUACAUAAUGCAGUCUACACUGUGUGCACUCAGACAUCUCUCCUCCCAUAUGUUGUAAUAUCUGGAAAUCUGGUAAGAAUUAGACUGCAAACAAGACAAAUUCUGCAGCCAAGUCCGCCCUGUGAUCUGUAUAUGUAAAAACGCUGUACUUACACAUCAGAACAUGCAGAUCUUUUUCUUUAAUAGUGGUCUAGAAAGCAUGCAGAUGUAUAUUUUGUCAUGUGUGUUAAUCCACCAGUCGGAUUUACUCUUAAACAUGCAUGCUGUCCUGUAUUCUGCAGAAAAUCGACCCCCAGCUGGAUGAGUUUUUCCAGACGUUGCGGAGGAAAGUGAAGAUCGGCAUUGUAGGAGGGUCGGACUACUCCAAGAUCGCAGAACAGCUCGGGGAGGGGGACGAUGGUGAGCAGUUUUUGUGAACUUCCUUUGUGAACACCAGAUGGUUUAUCCAUUACAGUACACUUACAAUCUGUACAAAAGAGAGACUCAAAAGAACCAAAGUCUGUAGAGAUGAGGGCAAAUGUGUUCCCGUAAAGAUUUAGAGCAUGAGUCAAACUUAAAGCAGUUCACAAGGCUGAACUAAUAACUAUCUUGUGAUGACAAAUGGUUUCAUUUUGAUGCAUCUUAGAUUUUCUGAUGGAGUUUUGCAACAGCAUGAGCAAAACUCUUUAAUCUGUACCUCCAUGUCUUAAAAAUUUGUGGACCUCAGGGCAUCACUUUUUGCUUACUUGUUCAAGCAGGUGCCCCAUGUGAAGAAUAAAGAUUGUAGAAUCUUUUAUACUUUUCAAUACCAUGCAGUUUAAAGGGACACAAUCUUGAUUAUUUUCACUCUCCAUUGCAUCAAAAAGUACUUGUGAAAAUUAAAGAUCAACAGUCCUAUUUUUAUUACCUAAAGCUGCAGCAAAUGCAAGCAGAGCAGUCAACCAAUAGGAAGACUGAGUAGAGAGUGCACCACUAAAGGAAUGAAGCAGUGAAACAGAAAAAUAAAACAUUAAUCUCUGAUUAUUUUGCAGCAUUUACAGUUGAAAGAACUUAGACACACACCUUUUGCUUACAUGUCUCUUGCUCUGAAGGAUGCACAUGCUGUGUUUAUUUCUGCUACAGACAGUUUGAGAGUAGAGCAAAGAGACAGCAAUAUCAACAGGUCUCACUUAUCAGUCCUGACCUGCAGACUGUUGACAGGGAGCUUCACAGGAAGGCUGCACAUUUAUGGCCUAAAUGAUAAACAUGAUUAUUUUGAUCAAUAUAAACAUCAGUAAUUAGUCAUGAUUAUGCAGUAAUUUAAGGGACUACUUUUUCCUUGUUUAUUGAUUGUUUGAAAACACAUGCCGUAUCUUUUAUAUCGUUCAGACUGGACUUUGACUAAGAAAAUCUACCCUAACAUUUUUGUUCCACACCGAUCCCAAACAUUUGGUCAACCUUAGCAUCAAACAUAAUCAAAGAUUUUCUUUUGUAAGAACUUCAUCUUAAUUUUGUUGAUACUUUUACUUGUAAUGGGAUAUUUUCAAAUUGUCUGAACUUGCAUUCAUUCGAUCAUGGUACAGUGCCAAAUGACCUUCAUCUUCAAACAGGAAGGUCUGUGUUUACAGCUUAGCAUUUACAUUUCAAAAUGAUAGGGAACUGUAGAGUUCUUUCUGUUGAGACAUGCACUUGUAAGCUUAUGAAUGCUUACUCUUGGUUGUUUGUUCUCACUGGUUGUAGGAUUGAUUUCAAGUCCUAACAGAAUUCGGUGCACAUCAUCCUCUGCCCUCUCAUUACUGUUGUGGAAAAUCCAGCAUAAACAAUGAACAGGAGACAGGAUGAGAGCUGAAGAACAGCCUGGGCGUCUUUUAUUGUACAGAUGUAGAAAUCAGUACAGAUGACAAACAGAGUCUCGACCAAGUGUGUGUGUGUGUGUGUGUGUGUGUGUGUGUGUGCGUGAAUUCUCCAGAAGGCCCCUCAUGAUGACAUGUCUGCCCCACGACACUUUGUGUAGGCUCGUCUUUGACCCUUGCAGAGAUUAAAUGUUCCAAUAGACAGAUAGUUCGGGCUCCUGCAAGACAGCCUUGCUUACAAUCUCAGGGUCGUGAGGCUGCAGGAGCAGGCCAACCUAGAUUAUUUGUAGCUCCUUACUAAAAGAUAAUUCGCUGAGGUCACAGUCGCCUGCAGGGAUACACUGAGGGUGUCUCUAUCAGUCAAUAUUUGAAAAUGACAGGAACGCUGGUGUUGUGCCAGAUAGAGCCGUGUGGUUUAUUAACAGCGCCAAGUGUGCUAAAGGUGAAUCUGUUCUUACUUUAGGAUGCAAACAGGAGCAGGUCGAGUUGUUAUAGCUGCUGAAAAAUGACCAAACUUACAACUCUCCUCUUCAUGUGUGAUGGAAAGUUAUUAACAUUGCAGUAACGUGACAUAUUUAAAGCUUUAACAAUUGUUAAAUGAGUGAUCAUUUCAAAUGUGUUUAAAAUCUGCAUGAAUAAUUAAAUUACACAACAGUUUAUUUCAAAAACAAGUCUGAAGAACGUUUUGUUCUGAAUUUUGAUCUCCUAAUCAGUUGUUGUACAAUGAAGCAGCUGUUAUGUAAUGGAGUUAUAUCAUGAUAAAAAGUUGCAGACUUUUCUUGCUGAGCAGAGAACACCGCAGUGAAAACAGAGUGAAAAGUUAACACAGAUUAAAGCUGACUUUUUCAGGUCACUGUAAUCUACUCAGUAAAUAUAGCAGGCUGCUCUAUUCUUGAGAACGUGCCUUAUUUUAAGCUAGUCUAGGUGAUUGUGUAAUUUGUUAAAUGUCAGCUGUUUUCUCUUUUCCAGUGAUCCACAAGUUUGACUACGUGUUUGCUGAGAAUGGGACGGUGCAGUACAAAGAUGGAAAACUCCUCUCAAAACACGUAUGUAAACAAACAGAGUAACAAAUCUAAUGUCCUGUGACAGUGUCAGCUGAUGUGUAACACACUAUCUGACCUGGAAACAGAUAUGUACACAGAGCUGCAAUAAAUAGACAUGAGGUGUUGAGAGUGAAAGAAACUGUAGCAGCAUUUUAGAAAAUAUGUUGAAGUUGUAAGUACAUUUCUUCAGACUAAAUGUAGUGAAAAGUAAGUUUACUUUUCAUUUCAGACAUCAAACAUUUUAAAUGAAGUCUUUUUUAAAAUACAUGCAUCAAGGAGGUGAGAAAUUGCUAGUCUUGUCAUCAAUUCUAACAUUUCUGACCAUUUUAAAGGUUCAGUGUGUAAUAUUUAACGGCAUUUUGCUGAAAAGUCUUUUGUUGACAUAGACUUUUUUAUCUACACUGUUGUGGAUCCUCUUGCACAGAGGCUGCCAUGUUUCUACAGCAGCAGUGGCGGGUACAGUUAGUCCAAAAAUGUCACCUUAAUGUUACAACUUGUCUGCCCUAACAGGGGUGAGCAAUGGAGCAUUUAAACCUAAAAUCUGACUGCUAAGUGUUGCCAAAUAUUUCUAUUUCUACACACUGCAGUUUUCAUAAGUUUCAGCUACCUGUUCUUAGUAAAAGUUGCUUAAAGUUUUUUUUUUUGAUCUUGUCAGGCCAUUCAGAACCAGAUCGGCGAGGAGCUGCUGCAGGACUUGAUCAACUUCUGCCUCAGCUACAUGGGGCUCAUUAAGCUGCCAAAGAAAAGGUCAGACACAGACAUACACACAGACACAUGAUUGAAGCUUUUAUUUUUUUGGUACUGAGCCGUUGAAGCUGAGAAAUCAUGUAUAGCUAUGUGGUCUCAUGAGAGGAGUAAAAACAGCAUUUUAGCAUUUUUUAUGGGGCAGUGUUUCUGAGUGGGUGCAAACCCUGUUUCUAUCCUAGAAGUUUCUGUCUGAGAUUAGAGCGUGCUUUGUUCAACCCCUCCUCCGUCUCUGCCUGCAGGGGAACAUUCAUUGAGUUCAGGAAUGGCAUGCUGAACAUCUCCCCCAUUGGUCGGAGCUGCACACCGGAGGAGCGAAUUGAAUUCUCUGAAAUUGACAAGGUGAAUAUUAACUCAUUGGUAUAUUUAGAGUAACAGAGUCACAUUAUUUUGAUCUAAAUUGUUCAAAAUGACGACAAGGGUUACUAAAAUAGUAACAUUCAGACAGUUAGAGGAUGAUGUAGCAAUGUGUUUUAUCAUGUUUGAAACUUUUGGUGCAUGUUUGUAUGAACCACAGUCACUGUAACACUGAUAUAAAGGCUAGUUAAGGGUGUAAUAAAGUAAUACCAACUUUGACAGACAGUCGUGGGGGUUUCUAACUCCAAAACCAGUUUCUUUGAAUGUGUUCAACAUCACAGGAAUGCAGGAAACUCGUGUGUUUCCUCAAUUAGAAAUAAUUCAAAGCAAUUAAGAAAUUUAAAGAAAGUAAAAGAUGAAAAAUAAGGAAGUAAAACAAAACACAACACUCCCUGCGCUGCUUAAAUUGUAAAAACUGAUUUUGUCGUACUUUUGCGUGAAAGCAGAGGUCGAAUUGAAGUAAGCCGCCAAAGCUGUUUUUUGUUGUUUUUUUUCCACAUAAAGCACUGACAGUUCCAGCCUGUCUCCCUCUGUUUCAUGAAAAUGUUCAGUCAAGCGAACGGAGACAGAGAGGUCAGACACGACUGAGCUUUCAGGUCAGCUAAACAGGCUGUUCAUCGAUGGUUCAAAGAGCUGAAGGAGCAGAUUUUACCCUUCAGCUGUCUGCUAACAACUGCACAGCUAGACUCUUUGCUUUGUCUUACAAGAAAAGAUGCGCAGAGUCAGAUAUAAACCAAGAUGAUCUAACAUGACAAAGUGCGCGUUUGGCUUUGUGGAAAUCUUAUGUGGGUGUGUCUGACCGCUGUGUCAUUUCCUCCGCAGAGAGAGAAGAUCAGGGAGAAAUUUGUUGCUGCCCUGAAGCAGGAGUUUGCGGGAAAAGGUCUGCGGUUCACCAGAGGUGAGAGAGUUGAAGCUGAAAGUGUGUGAGUCUGAUUCUAGAGGGACUCUAUUUAUAAUAAUGUCAUUAGCCUGAGUCUCUUAGCGCUCCUAUUUUAAUAAGGUCAGCCGACAGUAAUCUGGUUUGGCUGUUUUUAAUGAACCUUUAGGUAACUGGUGUAUGAUUAGAUUCUACUGAGGUUCAAGCUGUCCUUCAACAAAAGGAGUCAAACCACAUCUGCAUUGAGGGAAGUGUACCUGAAAAGUAGUCAGUUAAAGCAGAUAACCUGAGUUAAGAUGUUAGCAUUCAAAGAGGAAAAACUAAGAGAGCAGCGCCCCCUGCACUUUUAAGUUUUAAUCAAAAUACAGCAGAAAAUUUGUUGCAUGAGAAUGUAACUUUUAUUUUCUUGUUGUAGUAUUGUAUUUAUAAUAUCCAUUGAGGAUGCGGUAAUAAAUCAAAAUGCAGUACAAAGAGCUCCAACUGAGUUUAUUAUGAACCAGCUUAAAUUUAUACAGCAUUCAUCCUUAUCUUAUUAUAAUACAUUUGAUCGUUGUUUUUGCACUUUUUGUUUACAUUAUGAAGCAAACCUAAUGACAGGAAGCGAUUUAGUCCAGGAAUCGAUUAGUGUGCUCCAUGUGAGGAUGCCAUAGUCCCCAAGUGGCCCAGGUUCAAUAACAGGCUGCUGCCUCUUUCUCAUAUCUCACUCUCCACUCUCUCUUGGUUUCCCCCUCUGUUUACUGUCCUUUCCUCUCUCAAUAAAAGCCUGAAGAACAACAAAUAGAACACACGAAAACUAAUAUAUACGGUUAAGCUCCUUAAAGCUUUGGGGAACUUUUCAUAGAUUAAAGAUUGUAUUUAUGACCAGCCCAGGCUUGGACCAGGUAUGAUCCAGAUCCAUUAAGAAUUUCUUUGGGCCUAAACCAGAAGGAGAUGGAUUGAGACAAAGUGGAAAACUAUCCUGUGAUCUUACAUAUAAAAAUAUGACGCUCUUUCUGGAAAUCUUGGGCACCAGGUUCUCUACCCCCAAAGACAGAGGCUUAAUUUGCUGACUUGCGGUCCUGACUUGUCAACCUUUGAAAACAUUUGGAGCAUUGUGAAAAAACAUAGCAAAGGAGACCACCAAAUGUUGAGCAGCUGAAGUUCUUUUUUAGGCAUAAAUGUGACAAGAAUUCACUCCCAAAUCACCAAAAACUGUUUUCCUUAUUUCCCAAAUAUUUACAGUGUUGUUAAAAGAAGAGGUGAUGCAGUACAAUAGAAAACAUGCCCCUGUCCUAACUGUUUGAGAAGGCAUGGCUGGUAUCAACUGUAAAGUACACAGAUAUUUUCAUUAAAAACAUCCAGAGUGUCUCAUCUUUAUGGGAUUAGGGUUGUAAAUCGAACAUUCCUCUUUAGUUUUUACCUUCCUGCUCUCUGAGGAACUCUGGUCAGACCAGUUUGAAUCUUUGUUUAUAUCCCUCAAGCUCUCAUUUACAUCACUUCACUUUCAUGAUAAACCAGCUUUCCAGCACAUUGCUCUGUCUGUCGUCCGUAUGCGUAACACAUUGAGCCUGUAGUUAACUAUUAAACCCACACAUCCUGUAAACAAACUCUUCACACUCUGUGCACUUAGACAGCAGCAGCAGGAGGUGAAUGGGGUUCUUGAUGUUUGCUUACGUGCUGUGUGAAGUGUCUGCCAGAUGACGACGUCUGCAGCCUGUUCACAGUUAAAACACCGCAGACAAACAGUCUUGUUUUUCCUGAACACUCUUCCUGCUAUUACUCAACAAUGUGCAGCAGGAGAACUUCAUUUGUCCCCUCAAAAAACAAAACUGAUCAGUUAAAGCACACGAAAGUUACCCUGUCGAUAGUUUGAUUUUCUGCUCUUGUUUGGGGAAUUUUGUGCAAAAAACUCACCCACUGCCUGGUGGAGCAGUGGGGUGCUUUGGGGACAUGGGUCUGUUUGCAGAGUUCUCACUGUUUACUCUGCACACUGAAAGAGCAAGCAGAUGUGUCCGGAGGUUAUUCAGAGAGAGAUUCAUUUUGUUUGACUUUCCAAGUGUUUGUCCAUCUCAGUCAGCUGAUCUCUGCGGAUCAUGUUACAUAAACAUGACGCUACAUCUGAUAUUCACUCAGUACACAGUGUGAGGGAUACUCAGUGUUUUUAUUAAACUACGCUGGAACAAGUGAUCCAAGGUAAAGCUUCAAUCAUGUUUGGAUGCUGUGUUAAUAAAAGGGGACAUAUUCUGCUAAAGUACCCAAAUCCACAAGAGACAGGAGGCUAUGUAUAAUGAACAGUUUAAUGGAACUAAAAGAUAAGUGUUAUCACCGCACCACAUGGACAGAUGGCUAACCUCCCUUCUGUAUCAUUGUUGGAGAUGAGACCCACCACAGUCGUAUCAUCCACAAACUUCACUAUGGGGUUGGAGCUGAAUGUGAUUUUGCAGUCGUGGGUCAGCAGGGGGAAGAGAAGGAGACCAAGUACACAUCCCUGUGGGACCUCUGUGCUCAGUGUGAUGGUACUUCAGCAGAUGGUACUUCUUGCUGAGAAAGUCCAGUUUGAUGAUGAGCUGUUGUGGGAUGAUGAGCUGAUAGUGUUGGGUGAGAGCAUAGAUUGCACUCAUGGUCUAAGCCCCCAACUCGUACCUAAAACUAGUUUAAAACCCCAUGGCGACCGAGCUUUCUUGGCUGUGGCUCCCUGAUUGUGAAACAAAUUGCAACUCAAGAUUAAAACAUCUCCCACUCAUUUUUAUUCCUUGCAUAAGAGUUGUGUGAUCUGUCCUCUGGUCCUUUUAUUUCUUUUAUGCUUUUGUGUUUUUAUGUCAUUUAUUUAAUUUCAUUUAAAAUGAAAAUUUUACCUGCUUUUAUUUAUUUCCUCUUGAUGUUUUCUGCAGUGUUUGUUCUUUUAAUUUUACGGUGCAGCACUUUGGUGAACUUGAAUGUUUUUUAAAAUGUGCUAUAUUAAUAAAGCGGAUUGGAUUUAGAAGCUAUAGUCUUUGUCCAGUUGUUACUAGUUUGGCUACCCUUUAAGACCCUUCAGUGCAUGUUAAAUACCCAGGCUAUCUAAGAUAGGCACAAAUGCACCAAAGAAGAUCAGGUGUGUGUUAGUAAAGUAGAGGAACAGUGGUCAUUUUGCAUUGAUCAGACUUUCAAAUCUUUACUGAUUGUGUUUAUUAAGUCAACUUUUAUUAUAACUAAGGUAGUCCAGCAUUUAUCAGAGGAACUUGAAAAAGAACAACAUGUUUUAAUCUCUGCCUCGUCAGCAGUUUCUCAGCCCUCAUUCAGUGAAAGCGUGCUGGGAGGGGCUGCUGCAGAGGAGGCUGAAGGAAAUGUUUAUAGUGUGAGGCUGAGGGUGAUUUUGAUGGAGGCGUGCGGAGGGUGUGUGCCCGAUGCAGCUCUCUGAUUGGCUGGGUGCUCCUCAGAUGCUGCCUUUGUGAGGGUCUCUAUAAACCGUUCUGCUAAGACAAGGCAGAGAAUAAAAUGAGGACCGAAAAAAUGGGGGAGGGGAUAGAGGACAGUGAAAGGGAGUGAUGCGGGGGACUUAGGAGGAGACUUUUCUGUUGCAUUUCACGGUCAAAGGUCACUACAGUCAUUAGACUAACAGCUGAAUGGAAAGGGAACAUUUUUUCUGUGACUUGAAAACUGAAAAACUAGUUCGUGUGAAAAAAAGGAGCCACAGUAACUCUGGAAAACAUGAUCCUUUCUCUGAAAUGAAGCUGUAAACACGUAUCAAAGUCAGUUAUAAUGACAGGUUUUUAUUUGAGUGCCUGUAAUAAAGCGGAUGUUUUGUCUGUCUCAUCCUGUUUCAGGUGGUCUGAUCAGCUUCGACGUGUUUCCAGAGGGCUGGGAUAAAAGACUGUGUCUGGAGCUUCUGGAGAGUGAGGGGCUGGAUGCCAUCUACUUUUUUGGCAACGAGACAUCAGAUGUAAGUUCAGUGGGCCGGAGGGAUUUAAAGGAGGAAACUGUUUAGUGUGAACAUCCAGCAGUGUAUGUUGGUUGACAGACUCAUGACAAUGACAGGCAGUAAUCUACCAAAUCAGAAAAACCUGUUCUCUUCACAAAAUGAGAGAUUCAGCUGCUUUCAGUACCAUUCUGAAACAAAAAGCCUUCUUAUUGCUGUCCAGUUGUGCAUUGUCUCACACACACUCACAGUAACUACCUCUGCUACAACCUCCUCUGCUGACCCAGCAGAGGAACAGCCCCUCUUUCUAUCUCUGUACUUAAAGACCCGUAAAGAGGAAAAACAGUGCUGUUCAAGUCUCAGGCUUUGGAAACAUGAGCCCUGAUCUGUAGCUGUUCCUGUUCAGCUUAUAUAGGCAGCAAACUAAAAAAAACACAUUUAUAGGCUUGUUUUUCUCCGUUUGCAGUCAUUAAACUGACAGUUGAACAGUGCAGAUGAACUGAGGACUUGCAAUAUAAAAAUUACUAUAUGGACAGUAUUCUGUAACAGUGCCAGUUACAGGUCAGUCAUUCUAAAGGUUUAAAAGAAUUUUUAUGGUAUGCCACUCGCCUAGUAGUCCAAGUGCACGUCCCAGAUACAAAGGUUACAGAUACAAACGGUCAGCCAACGUUUGAUUCCAGCCUCUUUACUGUCUCUGCAGUGAAAGGACUCCCCCUCAUGGUGUCAGAAUAUUCCAGCUGAAAUAUGAUGAUCAUAGCUGAAAAAACUCUGCCGAUCUGUGUUUUUAAUAUCUGAAAUUCUCUUCUUAGGGAGGAAAUGACUUUGAAAUUUUCAACGACCCACGGACGAUCGGAUUCACAGUUUACUCUCCAGCACACACAGCAAGACUCUGUCGGAAACUUUUCAUUGACACUCCACCCUACGAAUCCUGAUGUCUUGAACUACCCCCCACUCCUGACUCUGUAUCUAAUUACUGAACUUUGAGACUCUAGCGAAAGGACAACAACAACAACAACAAGCUCAAGUCUGGGCUAUUUAUGAACUGCUGAAACUGUCUUACUACUGAUUCCUCCUUUCAAUUCAAAUAGACAGCAGCAGGAUGAUUUGGCUGUAUUUGCAGAAAAAAUCCUACUCUGUGAUUUUAAAGAGACAGUAACACAAGAAUGUUAAAUUUAAAAUGUGCUCAAGUGCAGCAUCACUGCACUGCAGCAGAGUGUCUCAACAUUAACCAAAAAAAAGAGAUUAUUCAACAUCAGCAGUGUUGAAAAGUUUGACUCCAUAAGAUGUAAGAGUAUAGGACGAUGUUUUGCACUAAUGUUGCCAUAAUGUAAUACCACAUGUUGGUACAGUUUUUAAGAUAAAGAAGCAUGAGAUUGUUCUUUGUGAGUCUAGUUUGUAACAGAUAUGAAUGAGGCAUGCUUUGAGACUUUUCUCCUCUACAAACAGGACAAGUACAAAUCAUUCCAGAUAUUCUCAUAUCUAUGUCUGUCAGUGACGAUUUAUCUGAUUUUAUGUUAAACUGACAUAACUGACUCAAUUUAUUCAUCCUAACCAGGGAAUUAAGCUACUGUGACAAGGUGCACCGCAAAGUUUUGUCAAUGAAGAUUGUGUUUUUUAAUGUAAAUAUUCAUGAGCUGUGUUAUGGUUUGCAUGUGUUUAACUGGGUGACUGUACAUAUCUGAGGUUUGUUUGUUUUUAAAUUCAUGACAUUUUCACUCAAAGGAGUUUCAUGGAAGAACUUUGUAUGACGUGAGUAUUUUAGUUUGAAAAUCCCAGAAAGAUAACAGUACUUUAAAAUGGUCUAGGAAAAAAUGCAUCCAUGAUGGAUCAUUAUUGUAAAUAUAUUCAGAUUUAUAUCAGACUGUAAACACUCCUUCACUCUAAAGACUGUUAGUAGGAUGUAGAGACAGAAAUACACUGAUGAAAAUCAAUCAGCUUUUAAUGUCACUGAUGUUUCAUGUCAUAUCAGUCGUCGAUGGACUUAAAAUGCAUUUUGAAUUUAAUGAUUACAUUAAAACCUUCUUGAUAUCACUUCA